AUUAUGAUGUUUGAUUUACGUUCAGUAUAAGUGGAUUAUGAUGUUUGAUUUAUGUUCCGUAUGAGUGGAUUAUGAUGUUUGAUUUACGUUCAGUAUGAGUGGAUUAUGAUGUUUGAUUUAUGUUCAGUCAGAGUGGAUUAUGAUGUUUGAUUUAUGUUCAGUAUGAGUGGAUUAUGAUGUUUGAUUUAUGUUCAGUAUGAGUGGAUUAUGAUGUUUGACCAAGAGAGUUUGGCGUCUAGGUCGAUAGUAGUAGUGUUCCUCUCUGCUCUCAUCAUAUAUAUACCAGCUUUGGCAGUACACUUGCAAACCGAAUUUUUAGAAGUGGAGAGCACUGGGUGCCUCGUAGAAAAGUUUGAUGUCAUCCAAGACUUCCAUGCUAUUAUUUUCUUCAGUUAUGGACUUUAUUUACUCUGUUCCAACUUGAUUGUUAAAAUCUACACAAGACCAAUUCCAGGCCAGCAGGAUGUAAACAGUCAUUUUCUUCAAUGCUCAAAAAUCACAUCGGGAACAAUUGGUGCGUAUUCUACAAUUUUAUGGCUGGUUUUGUGUAUACUAACCCACAAACGCUUGCCUUUUCAUUCAACCAUAGAUGUAAAAGUUGUCAAGGUUUUAGAACUAUCAAUUCCUCUCACUAGUCUUAUUCUUCAUAUUUUAAAAGAGAGUGAAUUUACUUUCCCCUACCUUCAGACAAGGGCCAUACGCUUGCUCUACCUCUGCUUGUGUGUUGAACCACCAGCAGUCCCUGCUACCUUUGAUCCCCUUGAUACCCGGCUAGUAGAGCUAAUUGCAAGAAAUCUUUCAGCAGACACAAGAUCAGCGUUAACAUCUGUAGCAACAAGAAGAACAACCAGUCAAGCUAUUUCAAUGCAAAACUCAGAAUUGGUGACAUCUGAUUUGAUCUUUGUAAGAGAAGCAUCAAGAACACAAGAGGAAAAUCUGUACUCUGUUGUGCAAAAUCAAACCCGGAGCUCUAUUAGCUCCGAAUUUCAAACACAAUGCCAUGGUUCUGAAGUACUAGGAAACCAGUUUAACCCUGAAGAAUCCACAAACCGGUUCAACCCUGAAGAACAAACCAACUGGUUUAGCUCAGAAGUACAAGCAAUACGGUUCAACUCUGAAGAACAAGCAAACCGGUUUAACUCUGAAGAACAAGCAAACCGGUUUAACUCUGAAGAACAAGCAAACCGGUUCAGAAGUACAAGCAAUACGGUUCAACUCUGA